AUGCAGAGGCCAUCGUAUUACUGCCUGCAGCGGCGUCGUCGUGCUGUGUUCGACGAUCAUACGAUACCGCUACAAAAGGAGCAGAUCAGCGCAACAGAACUGCUGCACCGCAACAGGGAUUGCUUUGCACAAGAAUCUCGAGUUCAUAACUAUGGCAUCACAAAUGAGGAUUGCUUUGCACAUCUUGACCUGGGAUUCAAAUUCUACUCCCUGAGUGGCGACGUAAACGGUGUUUUGGGACAGACUUACAGAAAUGAUUAUGUGAGUAGAGUGAAAAUGGGUGUAUCAAUGCCAGUUCUUGGAGGGGAAAGAGAAAUUGCAGUUUCAAACCUCUGUGCCACAGAUUGUGCUGUUUUCCAGUUUAUUCAAGGCGGAAAAGAUCAAGUUUCUGCAUUCACUUUGGAGCUGCCGAGCAUGAAAUGUGGCAGUGGAAUGGACGGCAGAGGUGUUGUGUGCAAGAAAUAG